AUGGACCAUGAGAUUGAGUUGGUGCCGGGUGAGAAGCCACCUGCUCGGGCGCCGUACAGAAUGUCACAACCCGAACUCACGGAGCUUCGGAGACAAUUGACGAAAAUGCUAGGCACAGGGAUCAUCGUGCCCUCCAAGUCCCCAUACGGGUCCCCUGUGCUAUUCCAAAAGAAACAUGAUGACUUGUUUGAUAGACUGGGUGGUGUGAUGGUAUUCACCAAAAUAGACGUGAGGACAAGUUAUUGCCAGACAUUGGAAGAACACCUGAAGCAUUUGCGGAAGGUCCUAGCCCGAUUGCGGGAGCACGAAUUAUAUGCGAAGCUAUCCAAAUGCUCUUUUGCUCAAAAACAAAUUGACUUCCUCAAACAUGUCAUCGAGGAAGGGUGGAUCAAGAUGGACCAGCAGAAGAUUCAGGCCAUUACAGAAUGGAUGCCUCCUAAGGAUAUCCAUGCCUUGAGGUCGUUCCUUGGCCUAUGCAACUUCUAUCGGCGAUUAUUGAAAAGUUACUCCCUCAUUGCAGUGCCGCUGACAGAACUUCUCAAGAAGGCCAUACCAUGGGAUUGGGGCCCCAAGCGGGCAGAGGCCUUCGACGCAUUGAAAAUGGCUAUGUCUAGUAGCCCA